UUAUCGGUCGCCGAAGUCUGGUCGAAGAGGGUUUGAAGGAAGUGGUUGACUCACUGGUACUAGUGGCGGCGGCUGAUCCAUUAGAGAAAAAAAAAACUCUCAGCAUGGGUUUAUUUUCUAAAUCCCCCUCGAAAACUCCCAAGGACCAGGUGAAUGAGUGGUGCAGCCGGAUACGGAAGGAAGGUUAUGGCUUGGACCGGCAGAUUAGAGCCAUUCAGCGUGAAGAAGAAAAGGUGAAGCGUUCACUGAAGGAAGCAGCUAAAAAGGGUGACCAGGAUGUGUGCCGGGUCCUUGCUAAGGAAAUAGUUCAGUCACGAAAGGCCAUUUCUCGGAUUUACACCAGCAAAGCACACCUCAACUCUGUGCAGUCACAGAUGAAAGCACAGUUAGCUACACUUCGUGUUGCUGGUUCUCUGCAGCAGUCCACAGUAGUCAUGAAGGCCAUGCAAGAGUUAGUCAAGUUGCCUGAAAUUAGCAAAACUAUGCAGGAUCUAAGCAAGGAAAUGAUGAGAGCUGGCAUCAUUGAGGAGAUGCUUGAGGACACCAUGGAGGGGUUGGAACCUGAGGAGCUGGAGGAAGAGGCUCAGAAAGAGGUGGACAAGGUGUUGUGGGAGAUCACUGCUGGGCAGCUGGGCAUGGCACCAGCCAUGGUACAUGAUGCACUGCCUGCUGAACCUGAAGGGGCAGCCGCCCUUGAACCAGAGGAGGAACCCGAGGAAGAUAUAGAAGAGAUGAGAAAUCGUCUUGAAGCUCUCCGCAGCUGAGCAAGUGCAGGAGUGACCUGGUUCAUCUGUGACAGUAUUGUUAUCUGCAAAAUUGAAGCACAGGAAAAACAGAAACAAAGCAACAUUCCCUCAGAGCAUAAAUUAACUUUAUAUUUCUCUAAUACGGUAUUACCUACAUGUAUUCUAAAUUUACGAACAUUAUAUCACUUACUGUACCUGUACAGUAUGUUACAGUUACUGUAUCUUACAUAAUUUAUGGUGUAGACAAUGGGUAGCAUUGAUAGAUGUGCAAGGCUAGGAACACUGCACCCUCUGGUCAUCAGAUAGGAUGACCUACUGGGGUCCCUCAUCUCUCUUGGUGAGUAAGCACAGUCUUGUAAAAAUGGUAGAUAAAAGCUUAUUCUAGGUGGCUGUUAAAAUGCAGUAAGUUUACAUCUCACAGUUGCACUAAAAUUUUACGUAGAUAGUCGGAAGAAAUUUUCCAUCACAUAAAUGUGCUUUUUCACUCUGAAAGGGUUAAUUUGGUUAAUUUUUUUAUAUACAGUGGACCCCCGCAUAGCGAACGCCUUGCAUAGCGAACAUUCCGCAUAGCGAACGCUUUGAUCGCUAAAAUUUUGCCCCGCAUAGUAGACAAAAACCCGCUCAGCGAACUUCGUCCGAGACGCGUCCAAUGUGCGGCCUCAGCCAGCCUCACAUGUGCCGCCUGUCCCAUUGUUUACCAGCUAGCCUCCGCGGUAACAUUCAAGCAUACACUCGGAAUAUUUCGUAUUAUUACAGUGUUUUCGGUUCUGUUUGUUGAAAAUAAGUGACCAUGGGCCCCAAGAAAGCUUCUAGUGCCAACCCUGUGGUAAAAAGGGUGAGAAUUAGUAUGGAAAUUAAGAAAGAUUUUGAAGGGUUUGGGGCUAACCCUGAGAAGCCUAUGCCAGUUGUGGAAUCCAUUGUGCCUAUUUCAAAAAUUAAGGAAAUGUGUGCACAGUGGGUUGAACUGCAAACCUUUAUGGAUGAAAAUCACCCUGACACAGCUGUUGCAAGGCGUGCUGGUGACUAUUUCAAUGACAAUGUUAUGGCCCAUUUUAGACAAAUCGUAAAGGAACGGGAGGUACAGAGCUCUAUGGACAGAAAGAAGUCCAGUGACUCUGAAGCUGGUCCUAGUGGCAUUAAAAGAAGAAGGGAAGUAACCCCGGAAAAGGACUUGCCUCCUCAAGUGUUAAUGGAAGGGGAUUCCCCUUCUAAACACUAACACUCUCUCUCCCCUCCUCCCAUCCCAUCAAUCAUCACCAGAUCUUCAAUAAAAGUAAGUGUCAUGUAAUUGUGCAUGCCUUUUUCAGUUUGUGUGUACUAAAAUUAACAUUUUUUUGUGGUAAAAAAAUUUUUUUUUCAUACUUUUGGGUGUCUUGCACGGAUUAAUUUUAUUUCCACUAUUUCUUAUGGGGAAAAUUAAUUCGCAUAGCGAACAUUUCGCAUAACGACCAGCCUUCUUGCACGGAUUAAGUUCGCUAUGCGGGGGUCCACUGUAUUGUUUUAGCAUGUUAUUAUUAAUAUACAUUCUAUGAAGAAAAAAAAAAGCCUUAUUUCAAAGAAUUUUAGAUUUUUAAUAUGGGGUGGAUUUCUUUGUUAAUUUCUUCAAUUCAGUUUUACAGUUUAACUGCCAAAAUAAUGUUAAACUUGUGUUUUUAUGUGAGUUGUUAGUUUUUGCUUUAAUUUCUUGGAUGGUUCAAAAGAAAAUUAAAGGCAUGUUGUGCAUAUGAUUCAUAAGCUUUUAAUGUAUAUUGUCAUAGAUGAAGCUGAUAAACUUUAAAUAAGGUUAUGUUAUACAUGCAGCACUAUAUAAUGUACAUAUAAGAAAUUAGCAUUGAAAAUGUUAAUGACAUUGUAAAUAUAUUUGACAUUUAUGACUAUACAAAAAACUCAAAAUUCAAAAAUAAGGAUAAUAUACUGCAAAAUAUGCAUUGGGAUGAUAAUAAUAAUGUUGCAUACAAUAUGUAAGGAAAAAAAAUAUUGUAGGACUGUAUGUUGUAUAAAUAAAUUGUGUUGAUUAAAAUUAAACUACAGGUGUUUUACUUGUACAAUAAAUUGACACACUACUCAUAAUUGUAGUACAGCAUUGAAAGUACACAUACUAUGAGGAAAGAUAUAUUAUUGGAAUGUAUGUUAUAAACUUAAAUUUAGUUCAGUGUAUUUGAAUGUGUUUAUUAUUAUACAGCUUUCAGUUUCUCUUGGAAGUCUAUUCAUAUUCUGGGCCUCUUCACUCACUUAGUUGCUGAACAUGUUCAGUCGUACACGUUGAAUAUCAGAUAUAGUGUUCAUUUCUUGUGUGAUGCCUGUGGGUUCUGUUACAGUUAAAGUUAAGUCUUAGGUCUUGUGUUUGCAUUAUAGCUCAGUGUUUUGAUGAUGUAUAGGGUAAAGUAGAAAGCGUGUGUGGCAUGUAUAUUUCGUAAGUUUAGAGAUUUGACUAAGGACAGAACUAUUUAAAAGUUAUAAUCUGACAUGAUUCUGAUGUUGAUUUUUGCUGUGUAAUGAUAAAAAUGAGGCCGUUUACUGAUUAUUCCCAUUCAUAGAUACCAUAUGCAAGAUAUGUAUAGCUAAGUGUGAUGUGUAGAGUGAGCAGUAUUGUGUGGGGUAAAUAGUAGUGAAGGUUUUAAAGUAUAUCAUCUGUGUUUGAUACAAUACUUUCUUUGAUAUGCUGUCUAUUUGCAAUAUUAGAAAUUUAUUUUCUAUAGUUUCUUUCUCUUUGGGUGUGAUUUAGUCGUGAUUUAUUUAGUUGGUCUGUUUUCAUGUACUGUAGUACUGUUUGUAAUAGAUUUUUAUCUGCCUUAACCUUCUAGCAUUCCAAAGCCCUGUAUGAAGCCCAUAUCUAGGGGUGACUGUGGAAGGUUGUAUAGCUGAAUCAGAGUGCAUGAAAUUGUUGAUACUGCCUCUAUCUAAUAAGAGAGCUUUUGGUCAUUCUCAAGCAACCAGGUAGAGAACCCUAACUUCUUAAGGGGAGUGGGGAGUCGAGACAUGAAGCAGUGUGGUUCUAGACUUGGAAGAGGGUAUUUCCCAAUCGUUCACAAUCACUCAUAAGUAGGAAUAAUGACUUAGAUGAAUUUUGGAAAGUGACCUAACACUUUCAGAGUUACAGUAAAUUAUAGGAGUGGAAAGGUCUUAGAAAGAGCCAAUCUAUAACAUGCUGGAAGCGCAUCCAAAUCCCUCCAUUUUUCUAUGACCGAACACUGUAGGGUUAUGUGUGUGUGUUUGUAGUCAUCCUAGUGUAGGUAUUCUUUAGUUCGCCAUUCACUGUGUUGUUUAACGUAGUAGGGUCUGUAAUAGAACACAAGUCAUGCCGCAACAGUGUGUUAACCAGUUGUUAAAUAGUAUUUGUUGGUCAUUAAUAUAAAGAAGGAAUAGGAGAGGGCCAAUGAUGCUGCCUUAGGGCAAUAAUAUUGGUAAGAGAAAAUGAUGAUGAUGAUGUGUUUUUAUUGUUGUGUGUUGUCUGUCACUGAGGUAAGAUGGGAUAAAGCAGUACUGUAUGUGUGUGACCAGGUCAAAAUUGCUUUAAUUUGAGAAGUUUGUGAUGUAUGCCAGUAUACUGUAGCCUACCCAAGGUAACUUUAUACAACUUGCAUGCACUUUUUUUGUAAAUAUAAUUUAUUAUUGUCAGCUAGUAUAAGCAUAGUCAGGUUGGAUUUGUAUGUAAACAAAUGAUUUAUUCCUUAGGUAAGCCAUGUUAAAAUAACCUUUCCUUUAAAACUAUUUAAUUUAAAUGAACCUUACACAUUACAUCAUAUAAAUUCUAGCAUUUUCUACACAUGUGUGGUUUGUAAUUUUAUACACAGUACAUAAAGGAGUGCAGCAUUACUGCACAGCCCAUGUUUGUGUUAGUGUGUGCUUGCAUGCUCCGACCUCCGUAACACACACUUCAAGCCACCAUUAAUAGCAAUAUAACCAGAAAAAUACAUUUAAAUUAAAUUUACAUAAAGUGAAGCAAGGAGUUAUAAUUAAAUAAAAAUGUUGUAAAAAUUAUCACUUUUGUAUUUAUUAUUUAUUGUAAAUAAAUUUUAGUAUAUCUUUU